AUGUCGAAGGUGACGGUGCUCAAGGUGGACACCUCCUGCGCCAAAUGCAAGCGCAAGGUCCUGCAGGCCGUCACCGGCCUCCACGGUACGUACACGUACGAGCCCGCUUCUUCUCCGUUCGGCCAUGCACGCACCAUGGAUCCCGGCAAUGCAAAGAUCGUUUUGGUGGGCGCAGGUGUUGACAAGGUCGAGGUGGACUCGGAGAAGAGCACGAUGACGGUGACGGGCACCGUGGACCCGGUGGACGUGAUCGUGCAGGCAAGGAAGGCCGGGAGGCGCGCGUCCGUGCUCACCAUCGGCCCGCCGCCCAAGCCGGCCGAGGAGAAGAAGCCCGCCGAGCAGGAUAAGAAGAAGACGGAGGAGAAGAAGACGACGGCGGCGGGCGCGGAGAAGAAGGCGCCCGAGACGCCGGCCACGGUGUUCGUCCACCACGUGCCGUCGUGGCCUUCGUGCCCCAGGUACCAGUACCCGGAGAGAGUAGUGUACGAGCAGGAACCGCCGCCUUGCUCCAUCAUGUAA